UAUGUCUGUCAGAAGAACAGGAAGACUUCACCGCCGCUAAAAACUCCAACUGCUGUCACUCAGGGGUUAAAAAGCUAAACUAACUUAUCGCAGCCAUGGGAACUAAUUUGGGAGACACUGCAGACAGAAAUAACUCAUAACGCCGACACACCCCUUGUGUUGAAGUGACCAAAACAACUCGUGAAAGUGGGAAGAGUGGAGUUUUCUCUCCCCCCUUUUCUUUUUUAGCUUACGGUUACUUUACCUACUGUUGUGGACAAGCUAGCAGAGCUAAAGCUAACGUUAGCUGACAUCGUGCCGUAUACUUUCGGGACUUAACAGUCACUUUUGUGUAAGCUUCGGUUUGUGUUGCGUGUGGACACGGGGUUAGUAAUGACUCCGUGUGUAUUUUAUUGACGCUACAGGUCGUUUUCGGACGUUUCGUCCCGAGGCUCAACAGUCUGCUUUGAAUUUCCCUCCUUCGGUGAUACAUAUGGACAGGCGGCUUAGCGACGGUUCCGCUCUCUCAGUAUAGUUGGCGUUCUACCAAAUUAUUAGCAGCACCGUGCUAAUUGUGGCUAGUUAGCCAAGGGAGUAGUUCAGGCCCGGCGGUUCGAUUACUUUUCAAGCAACUCACGAAAACACCGUCGGGGGAAGCAUUUGUCUUUGUGCUGUGAGUGUGGAUAUUACCGCCACACACGGAGGUAUUUUGACAACCACUUCAAGGAUACGGAUAAACUUUUGAGUAUGGAUCCACACACGGGCAACUCUGCCUCAGCAGCCGGUCCAAAGAAGGACAAGAAAUCAAAGAAGAACUACAAAGAAGAGGAUGGAGACGGGAAAAAGAAAUUUAAACUCAAACGGCUGAUUCCUGAUGAGCUGGAGCGUUUCACCAGCAUGAGGAUGAAGAAGGACAAGGAGAAACCUGGCCAUACGCAGGGACAGCGUCACUCUUCGGCUGCCAGCUAUGAGAUCAGUGCUCAGUCUGCCAUUCUCCAUGAUCAUUCUGAUGAAUAUGUCCUGGAGCUCUUUGAACAGAUGCUGGUGGAUAUGAAUCUGAAUGACGAGAAGCAGCAGCCUCUAAGAGCGAAAGACAUCAUGAUCAAGCGAGAGAUGGUGUCUCAGUACCUCCACACAUCUAAAGCUGGCCAAAACCAGAAGGAGAGCUCCAAAUCAGCCAUGAUGUACAUCCAGGAGUUGAAGUCAGAUUACAGAGACACACAGCUGCUCAGCUGUCUGGAAUCUCUACGAGUCUCACUCAACAACAACCCUGUCAGUUGGGUGCAGAACUUUGGAGAUGAGGGCCUGGCCCUGCUACUGAGUCUACUAAGAAGACUCCAGGAAGAGAAAGACGAGUAUCCAAUGAUGGGAGUGAAAUGCCAGCAUGAGAUAAUUCGAUGUCUAAAAGCCUUUAUGAACAACAAGUAUGGUCUAAAAUCCAUGCUGGAGUCAGAUGAUGGAAUUCCUCUGCUGGUCAGAGCCAUCAACCCUACUGUGCCUCACAUGAUGGUGGAUGCCGUCAAGCUUCUUUCUGCCAUCUCCAUCUUGGAACAUCCUGAAAACCUCCAUGAACGUGUUUUGGAGGCCAUGACAGAAGAAGCUGAGAAACGGGAUAUUGAGAGGUUUCAGCCUCUUCUCACUGGCAUGAACAAUCCCAACAUCGCUCUUAAGGGUGGCUGCAUGCAGCUAAUCAAUGCUCUGAUCAGCCGAGGGGAAGAGUUGGACUUCAGGAUCCAUAUUCGCUCUGAGCUGCUCAGACUGGGACUCAGAGACCUGCUGAUGGAGGUGAGGAAGAUAGAAAAUGAAGAGCUGAGGGUGCAACUUACGGUGUUUGACGAGCAGGCUGAAGAUGACUCCGAGGACCUCAAAGUGCGCCUUGAUGACAUCCGCAUUGAGAUGGAUGAUGUGAGGGAAGUGUUUGAGAUCCUGGUCAACACCGUGAAGGACUCCAAAGCUGAAAACCACUUCCUGUCCUUGAUGCAGCACCUGUUGUUGAUCCGUAAUGACUAUUUGGCCAGGCCUCAGUACUACAAGGUGAUAGACGAAUGUAUCGCUCAGAUCGUGCUUCACAGAAAUGGAGCGGACCCUGACUUCAAGUGUCGUAAUCUCAGCCUCAACGUUGAAGGCUUGAUAGAUAACAUGGUGGACCAGACCAAGGUGGAAACCAGUGAAGCUAAGGCUGCUGAGCUGGAGAAGAAGCUUGAUGCAGAGUUGACGUCACGCCACGAGUUACAGGUGGAGCUUAAGAAACUGGAGGGUGACUAUGAGCAGAAGCUACGGGACCUGGGCCAAGAGAAGGAACAGCUGGCUUCUUCUAAGCAGGAGCAAGAAAUGGAAAACCAGGGACUCCAACAACAGCUCAGCACUCUAAAACAGCAGAUUGAACAGCUGUCUAAGGAUCUGGAGGAGGCCAAGACUAAAGUUGUCACGGUUACUGUUCCUGUCCCAACACCUGGUUUUCCCCCUCCUCCACCCGCCCCUCCUCUCCCUGGCCAGAGUGUUGGUGUGCCCCCUCCACCUCCACCCCUACCAUGCCAUGCAGCCAUUCCCUCGCCUCCACCCCCUCCUCCUUUACCAGGUCAAACUGGUAUUUAUAUACCUCCACCACCUCCUUUACCAGGCAUGCCAGGACCUCCACCAGCUCCGCCUCUUCCUGGCAUGCCAGCACCACCACCACCUCCGCCUCUUCCUGGCAUGCCAGGACCACCACCACCUCCGCCUCUUCCUGGCAUGCCAGGACCACCACCACCUCCGCCUCUUCCUGGCAUGCCAGGACCACCACCACCUCCGCCUCUUCCUGGCAUGCCAGGACCACCACCACCUCCGCCUCUUCCUGGCAUGGCAGGACCACCACCUCCGCCACCCUUACCUGGGGGUCCUGGUAUCCCACCUCCACCACCAGGCCCAGGCAUGCCUCCACCUCCACCGUUUGGCAUGGGAGGCUGGGGUGCCCCUGCACCACCUUCAUUGCCCUUUGGGCUCCAGCCUAAGAAGGACUACAAGCCUGAGGUCCAGCUGAAGAGAGCCAACUGGAGCAAGAUCGAACCUAAAGACCUCUCUGAGAGCAGUUUCUGGACCAAAGUAAAAGAGGAACGAUUUGAAAAAGAUGAGCUCUUUGCCAAACUCACCUUGUCCUUCUCCUCGCAGACAAAGAGCUCUAGAGCCAAAAAGGAGCAGGAUGGUGGAGAUGAGAAGAAGCAGGUGCAGAAGAAGAAGGUGAAGGAGCUGAAGGUUCUUGACACCAAGAGUGCACAGAACCUGUCCAUUUUCCUGGGAUCCUUCCGUCUCCCUUAUGAGGAGAUCAAGAAUGCCAUCCUAGAGGUUAAUGAGAAGAUCUUAACAGAGUCCCUGGUGCAGAAUCUGGUCAAACAACUGCCAGCACCAGAGCAGCUGAGUGUCCUUGGAGAUAUGAAGGAUGAAUACGAUGACUUGGCCGAGUCCGAACAGUUUGGAGUAGUGAUGUCCACUGUCAACCAACUGAUGCCACGGCUUCAGGCCAUCCUGUUUAAACUGCAGUUUGAGGAGCAGCUGAACAAUAUCAAGCCGGAUGUGGUUUCUGUUACGGCAGCCUGCGAGGAGCUCAGGGGAAGUCAGAACUUCUCCACUUUGCUGCAGAUCAUCCUUCUCUUGGGGAAUUACAUGAAUGCUGGCUCUCGCAAUGGAAAGGCAUUCGGCUUUUCCAUAUCAUACCUUUGCAAGUUGCGUGACACCAAAUCAUCUGAUCAGAAGCAGACACUGCUCCACUUCCUCGCUGAUGUGUGCCAGGAGCAGUUUCCUGAUAUCAUGACCUUUCCAGAUGAGCUCAUCCAUGUUGAAAAGGCCAGCAGAGUUUCUGCAGAGACAGUUCAGAAGAACGUAGAACUGAUGGGCCGUCAGGUCAGGGACCUGGAGGGGCUUCUGAAAAAGUUCCCACCUCCACAAAGCGACAAGGACCUGUUUGUGGAGAAGAUGUCCAGUUUUAUUGUCAGUGCCCAUGAGCAGCAUGAGAAGUUGGAUCUGAUGCAUAAGAAUAUGGAGAAGCAGUAUGUUGACCUGGGAGAUUAUUUUGUCUUUGACCCCAGUAAAAUCUCUGUAGAGGAAUUAUUUGGGGACCUUAACACCUUUAAAAACAUGUUCCAGCAAGCAGUGAAGGAGAAUCAGAAGAGAAAGGAGGCUGAAGAGAAGAUCAAGAGGGCUAAGUUGGCCAGGGAAAAAGCAGAGAGGGAGAAGGAGGAGAAGGGGAAAAGGAACCAGCUCCUUGACAUCAACGCAGAGGGUGAUGAAACUGGUAUCAUGGACGGCCUGUUGGAGGCACUGCAGUCUGGUGCUGCUUUCAGGAGAAAGAGAGGACCCCGGCAAGCAGCCAACCACCGACGUGCUGGUCAUGCAGUGACCAACAUCCUGGCCAAAGAGCUGAUGCAGGAGGACACGUCUUCAUGUAAACUGCCUAUAAAGAAGACCAAGAUGGAUGAGAAAGAAGAGCCUAAUGUAGAGGGAGCAGAGUCUGUAGAGGUUGCUUCCUCUCGGUCUAAUUAGCCAAUGCAGGAAGAGUUUCUUCUUACUGCGCAGGUGAUAAACAAAGAUAUAUUUCUUAGGCAUUCCAGAGUCCAAUCUAAGAUUAGCUUGCUGUAAAAAAAAAAGAAAGAAAAGGCCUGCAUUUUUUGCAACCUUUGUCUUAACAGGACCAACUUUUAGGGCAGCACAAGCUGUCUUCUGUGAGGACAGAGGGAAGCUGAGAUUGAGGGCAGGGCUCUCUCAGUUGUGUCUCUCAAUGACUUUUGGGUCUUUGUCAAUGUCAUUACAAUGUUAAUUGCUUUCUUUAAUAUAUGCACACAUCUCUUUAUGUAUUCCUGUCUGUUUCUACCUUUCUAUAUCUUGACAUCCUUCAGUCAUUCAACAAAAGGACAUCUUGAGAAAUUCCAAAGACUAACUCAGGAGGGAUUGUGUGUGUGUGUGUGCGUGCGUGUGUGUGUGUGUGUGUGUUCCAAAUUCCAGAUGGAGGCAGGGAAUGUCUGAAAUUUGGCACAAAUCGUGCAGUUGCUUCAUCGUCUUCUCUUGAUGUUUCAGUCCCAGCCAGUUUGUCCUUUUUACCUUGAAGACAUACUGUUGUUAUAAUUGUCUCAUAUACUGUAUGUUAUACUGUGUAAAUGUUAAUAAUGUUUGCUGUAUAAUUGAAAAAUGUGCCAACAUUUAGAAAUCCAGUCUUGUUAUUUCUCUUCCUGGUUUUGUUUAAUCACAGUCUGCACUGGGUCGGUGUAUGGAUCACUCAAUCAGUCGUCAUCGUCACGUUGGUGUUUCAGUGUGUUUUCUUUCUUUUUACUUGUUUGCAUGCAAGAGUUACAUUUCACAUAAAAAAAUUGUAUCAUUUUUAAAUAUCAUGUCUAAGCUGUAUUGCCACACAUGCCCACAACACACAAAUACAAUUUAAUUCAGGAGCAUAACCCUUGUCAUUAACUCCACAGGAAAGUAAAGUUAUAUGGGAGAAAGUUCUUUUUGAGUUAAACCAAAAAAAUCUUUCAUUUUAAAAGGGUGUUUUCAUAUAAAACCUAGAGCAGUUUACAUGCCUGUGUGUGUGUGUGUAUGUGUGAGAGGGAGAAGUAAGCAUAUAUUUACUUGUGUGUGCGCCACUGCUCUCUACAAGUGUGUUUGUGCGUGUAGGUUUAAGUGUGCGUGUGCGCUGCCAUCUGUAAUUACUGUACGGUACUGACCAUGCUGUCAUAAAUGCUAGGUUUCAUAAACAGCUUUGUGGUCUUUCUGCUGAGAAUAUAGCACACUGGAAAACUGCCCACAAACUGCUGAGACAAGUAUGUGUGUCUGUUCAGUCGUGUGUGUGUGUGGUUGUGUGUUUUGAUCACCCACUCCCCCUCCCUCUGAACUGCAGCAGUAGUCGCUGAAUGUCUGGUCCUGUUUUUUUUGUUGCUAUAUUCAGCGAGCAUCAUCAUCAUCAUCAUACAUGUUGCCAUGAUGUUGUGUUGUAACAUCUGACAGGAAUCCUGAGAGCCGACGUCUGCUGCUCCAUGCAAUAUUUCUUCCUAUGCAAACAAUACUGCUGUGUGCACUCUAGCCUUGAUAUCCAGCCACUGUGGUGGACAUUAAUCUUCAUGAAUCCACUGAUUCCACAUCGCUUUUGCCACAUCGAUAGCUCCUGAUGUUCAAAAAGCUUAAAAUAGUAAUUUUUUUAUCAACUUUUUACAUUCCAUCUUCCAUAUAAUUGUAUCACAAUGUGGAGGAAUUGGCACAUAAACACAUAAAAUACACGGUUAUUUAAUUACAGCAGAUUUAGAAAUGGAGAAGUCCUUGUUCUCAUCUCAUGUUGGAGCGUCUGCUCAGUCGAAUGACUCGAGAUAAUUGGGUGAAGAAUUUUGCAAACUGCAAAAUUCGAGUGCAAAAUAUGUACAAACUUACACAACUGCUGGUUUAUCUACAAUAAUGUGCCUCAGGUGGAUAUUUUAUUUGAGAGAAAGGGACUGAAAUAUUGAUAGGGAUAUGAGAACAUCACUGGAAUCAUUUUUUUUUUAAUUUGAGUCAUUCCUUUUGCUCCAAUUUUUUUUUAAAGUGAAUGUUUCUUUGUUCAUUUUUACAGCUGAUUGUUUUAAUGUAUUUGAAUUGAGACAAGUUUGUUCUUAGACGUAAAUGUUCGCAGAAUAAUGCACAUAGUCAUUCUGUUUGCUACACAAAUCUAUUAAAUGUCUUAAGUCAUUAACAA